GCAACUCUUGGUAAACAACCCUUGAACUAUAGUUAUAAGUGUUCAAUGAUUUAAUUAAAGCUAAUGAAACCAUUUAUGAAGUAAAAAUAGAAAAAGAAACAGUCUGGAAAUUACUUAUCAAUUUGACGACGCGUUUCAUCGAGUAUUGAAGAACUUGGAAACCUUGGAACAAAACCGGAAAAGCCUUUCGUCCCAUUGUCUUGUGGUACUGAUAUUUUAAUGGCGGAUUUGAGCGCUUCAUCACACAAAAAUACAGAUUGGAAAGAGGUGUUUCGGACGCAUAGCAUCUCGCAAACCAUACAAUUGGAAAAGUUUAUUCAACAGCAGGUAGAAGAGAAAAGCAGAGAGCUUCAGCAAAAUGUAUGCUUGAAUUAUCAAAGCUUCUUAAAAGCUGCUGACAGUAUAUCUCAAAUCCAAUCUAGCCUGUUGACUGUUGUAAAUGAUGUUCAUCAACUCCAGUCUCACACGAAUGAACGCAAAGUAGUAGCUGCUGCUGACGUUUUUUCCAAAUUAUCUUCACUGGAGAUAUCUGAUAAUGAAGCUUGUUUGAGGCGUUUUGUAAAGAGAUUCUGUCAUACGGUUUUACCAUAUACUUUUCAGCUACUUCAUGACAAAGAGUAUCUAUUAUCCGUUCGUCUAUUCCUUUUUUGUGAUGUUCUAAUCCAACGCAUCCCUAAAGGUGAUAAGGAUUUGAGUAAACUUAUCCAUAAGUAUGAUGCUUGCAUUCACUACUAUGUGGAACUGUUAAGUCAACUCUCUAAAACUGAUUCGCUGAAUCAAGACAAAAUAAUUGCAUCCUUUACUUUACUCAAAAAUUUCUCCCUAGAAGAUGCUUUAAAUGCCUUUUUAGAUGUUCGCUUUGCAAUCGUCAUGAGCAUGACGGAUACAUUGCAAUUUUGUUUGGAGUUUGUAAACACCAGUAUCCUCGUUAAAAACAUGUUUCCUAAUCAUAUAAAUCAGAUCAUCAGCUCAAUUCGUGAGCAUACGUUUUUGUCCAGCAAGUCACUUCGCAAAGACCUUUGCCUUACAGAUGACUUGUGUACUCGCUACUUGCUUCCUCAAGAUCUAAAUUUUGUUCCACAAUGGGAUACUUCAUUUGAUGUUGAUUUGACGAAGGUCUUGGAACAAUGGAGAAAUCGUGUAUACUCACAUGCCGAGAAUAUUAAAAAGCCCUUUUUUCAAGAAGACAUAGACCUUGACAACUUAAAAUCUAUGUAUGAUUCACUUUCAAAAAGUACCCCUGUUACUCAAAUGGAUGAUCUCCAAGAUUUAUGGAAAUCAUUAUUGUGCCCACAUUUCGUGAACUCUUUACAGAAAGUAAUCAAUGAUCUUGAGUAUCACAAUUCUAAAGUUUCUGUUUUGAUAGAGGUGAUUCUAACAAGUUCACCUCAAUUUGAACACGAUGUCUGGAACUUAGCAGGCGAGCUAAACUUAUCAUCAUUUCAAUCCUAUUUUUUACAAGCUUGCGGAAUGAAGGAUGACAUACAAUCUUUUCAUCAACAACUUUCAUCUUUUAAUAGUUCUGUGAAAAGGAUUGUCUAUUCUUUGGAAAGUUUUGACUCUUACGAAAAUACCCUAUUGCCGUUUAGUACAACAAAUCUGAAAUCUAUAUUAUACAACAAAGUACAAGACUUGUCAGAAGACAUUAUUCGCAAACUUGAGAAAAUAUCCGAAGAAAUAUUAUUUUCCAAGUCAAUAGAAAAUAAAGAUUUUCUGUUGGCAAAAGCAAUCAAACUUGUUAGACUUAUAGGACUGUGUGAUGCUAUUCCUAACUUCACUUCGUUUGAUUCUUUUCGUGAAAAAAUAAUAAACGCUUUAGCAGAGGAAAUAGUGAACAAAUCUUUAGAGGGAUAUCCAACUAGCUUUAAUGAAGAGUUGAGGACGCUGGACGGAGACAGUUCUGAAAAUACGUUUCUUCCUUUGCGGGCAACUUAUACUGUUUUGAUGAACACAGUUGAUAGAUUGGAGUCUAUAGGAAUCGAUAUAGCCACCGAAACCUUAAAAAAGCGGUUAGUAUCGACCUUGAGUGUUUCAAUGCUUAAUGUUUUUAAAGACAUUUCUUUCUUGUCUCUAAGUAAUGUUCAAAAGCAAAAGGUAAUAUUUGAUUAUGAACUAAUGAAGCAUUUAUAUAAUAAGUGCGGGAAUGAAGUGCAAGUUGAAGAAUCGUCCGUUGUAUUUGAACUGCAAUCCGAAGAAAAUAAGGAAGAUACAUCACUAAUUGACAUAGGUGCAAUUAGCACUGAAGCGGAAAAUUAUGUGAUGAGGAUCAGGUCAUUCUUUACUAUAUUAUUUCCUAAUAGAUUUUAACGCUAAUAUUUUGUGAUCUUUUUUACAUCCUUUUCUUUCAUAUAUGUUUAUUUAAUUAAGACUAAUUAAUCUAACAAAGAAUCGUGUCUCAGGCUUUCUUCUUCAAUAUUUCGAAGUUUUGGAGUAUUAAAAUCAUGGGGAGACACUACGAUUGCUUCAAAAUCAUUAGCCAACAAUUUCACAUCUUUUUCAAAACUAUUAAACUCUGCUUGAACCAUCUCGUUGAAAGAUUUUUGUGACACAGAAUCAGAUUUCUUCGAAAAGUUCAAAUCCACUGGGUUGAGAUAUGCAUCAACAGCCAAGCAAAGAUGAUUUUUCAGCGCAGUAUUUUGUGAUUCAAGGCUUCGUAUCCUUCCUUCGUACUCUGUCUUUAAAUCCUCAAUAAUUGCUAACAGCUUUUUGCUGUGUUCUUCAUGUCGUUUCAUUUGAACUCUGUCAGACUCCAAAGUAGAAAGAAUUGUAUCAAAUUCAUUCUCAUUAGAAUCAGCAUAACUUUUCUUUACGUUUAAGAUAGAGAUAUUCUUAAUUUUUCUGGCUGCUUCCGCAUAUCUCAGAGUUGAGAAUGUAUCGUCAAAAUCGCAUGGCGACACACAAGCCAACAUAACGGUCCUGCAAUUCCCUCCUAAAGCGUCUCGUAGCAGACGAGUAAGGAGUGAAUCAUUAUAAGGAAUCAUGAGAUCGUUUUUUUUGCUAGUAAGGGACGCAAUGACUCGGUUCAAUACAGAUAAAGAGUUGUUAUUAGCGGCGGACUCGCUUGGUGUAUCCUUUCCCGAUUUUCGGUUAGAGCUUCGGUCAAAACUUCCUAAAUCUAAGAUUUUUAAGUAAGAAUCUUUUUGCAUAGAACCUUGCUUGUCAGUUUUCGGGAUUUUUUGAUGAACUUUAAAAAUUAUAGCGGUAUGACCAUAAGACUUUCCAUAUUGAUCUGCUAUUGUGGUUUUUCUUGUCUAUAUGAAGUUAGUUAAUACUCAAUAUUAAAAAAAAAAAAAAAAAAAAACCAAGUAACCCAAGAUGCGUACCUUGACCGCUAACCGCAAAAAUGCAUCAAUCUCUUGAGCAUUUUCAACUUCAAAUUGGGAGAAUCCUUGGGAAAAAUUAUGUGUAGAAGCAUCAAUUCGGAUAUCAUUUUCUUUGGAUUCCUUGGAUUCAAGUAAGUCGUAUACUGUCUCGUUUAGGACUUCUACUACGGAAAUGGAGACGCGAAUGACAGCAUUCGUUUCUUCUUCGAUCCUCUCUAUUUCAUUAAAAAGAAAAGUUGAAAGUCUCGGGAUCAAUCCAGCUUGUCCGCGAACACCAAUUGUUGAAUAUGUUUUACCGCUCCCGCUUUGACCAUAGGUGAAUAGACAGGUGUUGUAGCCCUCCAAUGCUGAAUGAAUUAAAUAGGGCCCUAUUCUUUGAAAGAUAGCUUCUUCUUCAGACGCCUGGCCGUUGGAUCCAAAAACGGAAGGGACAAAACACUCAUCGAGAUGAAAUACUCGAGGUCCUCGGACUCUGUGCCUGUGUCUAGAGUUUUCUAAUCCUUCGGGAGGGGGUUGUAUUAUGAUUUCUUUUUUUUCUUCAUCCACGGUAAGGAGAUCGACGGCAUUUGUUGAUAAUUCUCGAAGAGACUUGGGACGAACCCGAACGAUUGUUCGAACAUUAGCUGUGGACAUGUUGGUGAAACGUUACGAAAGAAAGAGAUUGCAAGAAAAGAAAGAAAAAAAGAGAGUAAAAAAAGAAGAGUUAAAACUGAAAUGAAUUACAAAUCUCAGAAAUAACCAAAAAAGAAUGACAAAUGUGAGCAAGAUGAAAUACCCAAGAAAUUCAAAUUCUGCAAAACCGAA